AUUGCAAAAUGUCAUAACCAUGACUCCACUCUCUCCCUUUCUAUUUCUAUUGACAUUUCACAAACACCUUUCUUUAUUCUCUUCCAAUCCUACACUCCAACACCCACUACCCUUUCUCCUUCAAACUUCUUUUUCAUUGCAUGCCCCUCCUUCAUCACUUCCAAAUAAUUAAAUGUCAAUUUUCUUUUUAAGAUUUUUAUUUUUUUAUUUUUGUUGAAAUAAAACAAAACAGAGGCACUUGUUCAAUCAGUACGCGAAUUCAUGACAAACUCGAGCUGCGAAUUCAGUGAGUCAGAGCUAUGUCGCGACGAGUCAACGGCGUUUAUUCUAAAAUUCGUUGCGAUGGCUUCGAUUCUAGUAGCGGGAUUUACGGGAAUCGCGAUACCGCUGUUCGGAAAACGGCGGCGGUUAUUUCAUCCCGACGGAGAGUUUUUACCGGCGGCUAAGGCUUUUGCGGCUGGUGUGAUACUAGCGACGGGAUUCGUUCACAUGCUUAAUGACGCGUGGGAAGCACUUAACCAUCCUUGUUUGAAAUCACAUUCGCACGUGUGGUCGAAGUUUCCUUUUACUGGGUUUUUCGCUAUGAUGUCAGCUUUGUUUACUCUUUUAGUUGACUUUGUUGCAACGCAGUAUUACGAGGGAAGACAGAGGGCGACACGUGGCGGAACUGAACAUAAGGUUAAUCAAUUGGAGGGUGGCGAUGAUGAUUUGGAGGAAGAGUUAUUGGGAUCGGGAAUCGUUGAUGGAAUGCAUAUUGUGGGGAUGCAUGCUCAUGCGUCGCACCAUACACAUUCUCACCCGCGGCAGGAUAAUGAUCAAAUACAACAUGGGCAUCAUGAACACGCGCACUCUCAAUCGCACGAUGAUGACGACGUGGAAGGUAGCGUUCGCCAUGUCGUUGUUUCGCAGGUAUUGGAACUUGGCAUAGUUUCACAUUCCAUGAUAAUUGGGCUAUCACUAGGAGUCUCACAAAGCCCAUGUACAAUGAGACCCUUAAUUGCAGCAUUAUCCUUCCACCAAUUCUUUGAAGGGUUUGCACUUGGUGGUUGCAUCUCUGAAGCCCAAUUCAAAACUUCAUCAACAACAAUAAUGGCUUGUUUUUUUGCACUUACAACACCAUUAGGUGUUGCAAUUGGGACAUGUAUUUCAUCAAAUUUUAACCCUUAUAGUCCAGGAGCUCUUGUCACAGAAGGCAUAUUGGACUCUUUUUCAGCUGGAAUUUUAGUGUAUAUGGCUUUGGUGGAUUUAAUAGCUGCUGAUUUUCUUAGUAAGAGAAUGCGUUGUAACUUUAGGCUUCAAAUUGUAUCUUAUUGUUUGCUUUUUCUUGGGGCUGGCUCUAUGUCCUCUCUUGCACUUUGGGCCUAAUUUUUUUUUUCCUUCUAAUUUCGUUUCAUUAUAAAUAUAAUUUAUUUUUCAA